AUGAGAGAUAGCUCCCUGGGCAGUUCGUCCAUGAUGCGACAGCAAACUACAACUGUACAAGACUUUCGUGACAAUCGCCUUGCCGAUAGCUCGAAGAAGGGAUACCGCAGCGGUUUGAACCAAAUCGCAAAGUGGCUAGCUUCAUCUGGCCGAGGAUCGAUGGUCGACCAGGAUGGCUCGAUCAAUCUCAACGCAUUCGGCUAUGCUGACUUCACUGAGUUUCUUCUUUACAAGUACAAAGUAGCAGGCGUCUCCAUCUCCACGCUUUCAGGCUACAGGUCUGCACUGAGAGACUACUACAACAAGUGCAACAUUGCACCACCUCCCGAGUUUGCUAACGAUGCCACAGUUAUCUUUCAAGGCAAACACUACGUGUUUUCAACCGCGUCUGUCCGCAUUGACCACUUUACGGACGAAGGAGACGCUCUGGGUGUCACAUUUUUCAAGUCCAAGACAGACCAAGGUGGGACGAAACGCCGGGACCCAAAGCAUUUGUACGCCAAUCCGAUGCAACCAGAGUCGUGCUGCAUUCUGGCUCUGGCCAUGUUCCUGGCUUGCAACUCCGAACACGACUCCGGGAAACUCUUUCCUGGACCCUCCCAGCGUGACCGGUUCGGGCGGCGCUUGUCAGAUCUUGUGGGCCAAGCACUUCCUACAGUGGCAAAGGCAGUUGGUACCCACUCUCUGCGAAAGGUGCUGCUACCUUUGCUAUUGGGGGAAGUACAACUGGUCCGUCAAUUGUGA